AUGCGAAACAACAAGUACGUGACCAUGAUGGACCCUUUCCAGAUCAAGUACGGCAAAGUGCCCACGGCGGCACUGUCCCUGGCCUCGCUCAUCUCCGAGAUCAUGUGGGUGACCGGGACCCUCAUCGGAUUAGGUGUGACCAUGAGUGUGAUCCUGGACCUGUCCUACACCGUGAGCAUCUGGAUCUCUGCAGCUGUGGCCAUCACCUACACUCUGCUGGGAGGACUCUACUCUGUGGCCUACACCGACAUCAUCCAGCUAGUGCUCAUCUUCAUCAGCCUGUGGCUGUGCGUGCCCUUCUCCAUGCUGAGCCCUGCGGUGGUGGACAUCAGUCAGACGGCCUACAACUACACCUACCAGAACCCCUGGGUGGGCACUCUGGACGGGGACCGCGCCUGGAGGUGGAUCGACAACUUCCUGCUACUGGGCUUGGGGAAUCUGGGUCUGCAGAACUUCCACCAGAGGACGCUGUCGGCCUCCUCCUCCUCCACAGCUAAGAUCACCUGCUUCGCCGCUGCAUUCAUUGUCCCCACCCUGGGAAUCCCCCCCAUCCUGCUGGGGGCUGUGGCCGCCUCCACAAACUGGAACCUGACCUCGUACGGGCCGCUGUCUCCGGUGGAGCGUGGUGAGACGGGCCUCAUCCUCCCCAUCGUGCUGCAGUACCUCACCCCGUACUACAUCUCCAUCAUCGGCAUUGGAGCUGUGGCCGCCGCCGUCAUGAGCUCCACGGACUCCGCCCUGCUGUCCGCCGCCUCCAUCUUCACCUCCAACAUCUACAGGAACAUCCUCAGGCCUCAGGCCUCGGAGCAGGAGAUCCAGUGGGUGAUCCAGGGCUCGGUGGUGGUGGUGGGUUUGGCCGGGACGUCCCUCACCUUCCUGGACAACAGCGUGCUGAUGAUCUGGCUGCUGCGCUCCGACCUCACCUACACGCUCAUGCUGCCCCAGCUGGUGUGCGUGCUGUUCUUUCAGGUCUCCAACGGUUACGGCGCCGUGCUGGGCUGCGUCAUCGGGACGGUCCUGAGGGUGCUGUGUGGGGAACCCGUCCUGGGGAUCCCUCCGGUCCUCAUGUUCCCAGGCUGCACCCUGGUGAAUGGCGUGUACGAGCAGCGCUCUCCCAUCCGCACCAUCUGCAUGCUGUCGGCCGUGGUCUCCAUCCUGCUCUUCUCCUGGGUGUUUGCGCAGCUCUUCGACAGAGGCCUGAUCCCCGAGAAAUACGACUUCUUCAACGUCAAGCACCCGCAGCCCCAGGGCGUCGCCAAGAAGGACGAGGUUCUGAAGCAGGACGCCGACUGCACGGAAGCCACGCAGCCCAUGCUGGAAUCUCCGUACUGCUACAGAUACAGUGCCCUCAUCAUAUACUGGCAACUGGGGUCCGAGUGCACGCCGGGGCUGGGGCCGGCUCCGUCUUGUGUUCUGUUUCGAUAUAAAGAAACCACAUGGAGACCGAGCUCUCUCCGCAUUAAACUAAACUGCAUCCCGCGGCCACAGUCUGAUUAG